CAUUCCCAGCCACUCAAAUCAUAGAGAAAGAAUUGAAGAAAACGAAACCCCAGAGAGAACUUCUGCUCCACCCUUCGCAUUCCCGCACGGAGGUCACCGCAGUGCUGCACUGCUUGGGGUUGAGGGGCGGGGGGCGGGCACUGAGGCUUCACCGAAGAGAGAUUCACUCUGCAGUCGCCGCACCAUUUAUUCCGGCGAAGAGAAUGCUGUGGGAACCCUCGCAUAAUUGACACCAUAUUUGGGCACCGGCACAAAGUGUUGCUUCGGGGCAACGACGUAGCUCACCUUGCCCAUGGAGUCACAGUCAGUGUUUCACGCACCUAUGGGAGAUGAAGAACAGGGAUCGCGUGGCUACAAAUUGGUCCCAUGGCUAAAUUGGGAUGAGUGGAACUUUGUUAGAAAGUCUCUCUUCUCAUCUUCUCAAGAUGCCAUAGCUUCAGCCUUAAGAAGAAUAUCAACAUGGCGAAGCAGAGGAUGUCUUCCGGAUGUAAUUGAAAUCACUUCUUCAUUCAUUGAGAUUCAGCAGAAGGAUCCUUUCUUUAGAGCGGACCUGAUUGGUGAUGCUACACAUUCAGAGGAAAUGUUAGCCAUGCUGUAUUGCAUGGCAAUCGUAAGGCUUGUGAAUUGCGUCAUUGAGAAGACGCGUAAAAAGUCAGAGGUUUCAAUUGCUGAGGCAGCUGAUAGGAUUUGUAUUCCCCGUAUGCUGAUUGAUAUUCGUCACGAGGGUUCUCACCGUGAUCUCCCUUCACUUCAGUUGGUUCGUGUUGGAUCAAUUCAGGCACUUGAUUGGUUGAAAUCUAACUAUUGGGAGGCCCAAAGGAAGUCAAUUUUGUUUCAGAGCAAAGGGACUUCCAACAUCAGAAAAAAAGUCAAUUGUAGACUGCAUGAACUGGCUUUAUGUUUGAAAUUCAGGAAGUCCAUCCAGUUACCUUCUUCAUUAGUUAAGGGAAAACGUCCUAGGCGGAGUGAGCUGUUUUAUGGGAGUAACAAGUUUUUCUCACUUGUUUCUGGCAAACUCAAACAUUCAAAAUGUGGAGGUUCUAAGAAGCAGAUUUCAAGGAUUGUCAAAAAUCUCGUUGGAUUAUAUUCUUCUUCCUCUUCAGAAGUAGUAUCCUUGCUAUUGGAGUUCUUAAUAAAGUCAAUGAAUUCCUCGGACUCAGUUGAUCUCCCAAAUAAUUCUCAAAUUGGUGAAAAUACAGAAUUUUUGCAAACUUCGUUUGAUGACUGGAAGCUUGUAAUUACUAAACUCUCAAGCAAGGAACCAAAAUUGCUUUUGAGCCUCAUCAGUGCAGUCCUUGAUCUUGCUGCUAAAACUUGUGGAGUCGUGAAAAAUGAAAUUUGGGGACGAUAUCUUACAUCGCCAGAGAAAAGAGCUGAUACAUCACCAGAGAAAAUAGCUGAUAUGUGCCAAGUUGAGAACCUUUCUUCUCUGUUUGCAUGGUUAAUAAAAUAUCUUUGGGCUUUUGACAGCAAAAGUGCAGCGGCUGAAAGUGAAGGUUUUGCAGCAGGGGUACGUCUACCAAAAGAAACUCUCAGAGAGUUUCUCCGGAAAUGCCUUAUGCUAUUGGCUCCUGGAAAUGACCAGCUCAUGGGUUCUGUCCUGCUUCUUGCACGCAUGAUAGGAAGUAACUCUCUGGUAGAGAAACUGAGCAAACUCUCCGUGCUUGGUUUGUUUACUCCUGAUUUUAGUGAAGAAAACCAUUUGUUCUCGAGUCAUGAUAAGUUUAUCAGCCAGCAAGAGGAUUCUCUGUGUCAAGCAGCUGAGAAGCUAGAGUUUGUGAAACGUCAUGUGAAGGUUGGAACUGUGAAGACAAACAAUGCUGAUGUGGGGGAAAAGAAAAUUUGGGCUGUCGCAAAAUCUUGGAACCCAUGUCCAAUAGGUAUGCUGCCUUCUCCUGUUAGUUCUUCUGGCUGUGAUCCUGUUCUUGACUGUGAUCAUAAAGCAGUUUUAGAUCCAUCAGAGAGGAAAGUGCAGGCGGAAUCAAUUCACUGUACUGGAAAAAGAGAAGCUAGUCGUGAAAAUGAGCUAGUGGACAAUAAGAGAGUGAAGAAGAUGAGGGAGACCAUUGGGGGUUGUGAAUCAGAUAGUGAAGAUGUUAUUCCUUUGGAAGCUGUCAACAGUCGAUUGAUGAUUGAUGGGUUCUGGAAGCAAGUUGGGAAGGAAGAACUGUCAGCGAUUGAAUCGGCUGUAAGAAUUUUGGUGUAGGAUUUUGCUUUUAUUUGUCAUGACCUUGAGUAGGAUUUUGGUUUAAUGUUUCAGUUAUAGGACUGUUUACAAUGGAUUUUUGUACAAUAUUUUCGACAACUGAUAGCCUGGUCUUCUUGAUUAUAGACUCGAGGGCUGCUUUGGCAGGCAUGUUAGCGUCUGGACGGUGCAUCCCUCACAAGAAUGUCAGUAUGCAAUUUUCUCGUGGAAGAUGAAGAGUGCAAUAAAAAUGUUGCGGCUCGUCUAGUUCGGUGGAAUAACUAUUUAUUGGAAUAAGAUUAAAUAUAGUUUAAAUUUUAUGUAUUAAGGAGAUAAUUAUUUCUCUUAUAUUCUUAAAUUUUCAUCCAACUUGUAACAAAGAAUAAUUAUUUUCUGUCUAGAUUAUGCUAUAGAUUUAUUAAGCUUGUGUGGAACACAAAUUUGUAUGUAAUCUGUGUAUUUUGAAAAUUGGAAAUUAAAUUAUAUGUAUUUAUAAAA